AUGUCGGGAAUUAAUCGACGCUUCAUUCCCCAAUGGUUUGAUGAGUUUGAUUGGUUGGAGUAUAGUAUAUCUAAAGAUGCGGCAUUUUGUCUCUAUUGCUAUCUCUUUAAAACCAAUUUUGAACAAGUGGGUAGUGAAGCUUUCACUGGAGAUGGAUUUAAGAAUUGGAAGAAAGGGAGAGAAAGAUUUAAGAUGCAUGUUGGACCGGUUGGGAGUGUUCAUAACAAAGCUAGAGAAGCUGCUACAAAUUUGAUGAAUCAAAACACAAAUAUUGAAACUGCAGUGAGCAAACACUCUGACCAAGCUCGUAAGGCUUAUCGCACUUGCUUGAAUGCAUCAAUCCAGUGCACUAAGUUUUUAUUGCGACAAGGUCUUGCUUUUCGUGGCCAUGAUGAAAGUGCUACUUCAAGCAAUAGGGGAAAUUACUUGGAGCUAUUGCAAUUCCUUGCAGAUAAUGAUGAUAAAGUUAGAGAAGUUGUGAUGGAAAAUGCUCCGGGGAAUCUCAAAUUACUAGCUCCUUGCAUUCAAAAAGAAAUUGUGAAUUCAUGUGCCAUUGAAACACUUGAUGCUAUCAUGAAUGGUCUAAAAGAUAGAUUAUUUUCAAUAUUGGUGGAUGAAGCACGUAAUGUGUCGGUGAAAGAGCAAAUGGCUAUGGUAUUGCGUUAUGUGGAUGACAAAGGGCAUGUAAUUGAAAGAUUUGUGGGUAUCCAACAUAUUACGGACAUUACUUCAAGUUCACUAAAGGAUGCUAUUGACACAUUCUUUUCUCGCAACGGUUUGAGCCUUUCCAAGCUACGAGGACAAAGUUAUGAUGGUGCUAGCAAUAUGAGAGGUGAGUUGAAUGGCCUUAAAACAAAAAAAUUGAGAGAGCAACCUUGUGCAUAUUAUGUUCAUUGUUUUGCUCAUCAACUUCAACUAGCUCUUGUUGCCGUGGCGAAGAAGAAUAUAGACAUUGCCUCUUUUUUUGCAACGGCUAAUAGUGUGGUUAAUCACGUUGGAGCAUCUUGUAAGCGGCGUGAUUUACUUAGAGAGCAACUCCAAGAAGAGCUUGUGAUAGCUUUUGAAAAUGAUUGCCUUAUAACGGGGAGAGGCUUAAAUCAAGAUACAAGUCUCAAACGUGCCGGUGACACACGAUGGAACUCACACUAUGGCACCUUGAUUAGCAUCAUUUCUAUGUUUUCAUCCGGUUCAUGUGCUUCAAAUGGUUAUUGA